UUAUCUCAAACAACUUCAUUGCUCGAUUCACCCUCCGAUAUCCUCAGGCUCCAACUCCAUGUCAACUCUAAAAGAGAUACUCACUCGCCGUCCGGUUGCCGCCACAAUCAGGCUGACGGUCCUAGCCGGUGGCGCAAGGCCGGCUCCUCCGGUGGGUCCAGCUCUGGGUCAGUAUCGACUCAAUCUGAUGGCUUUCUGCAAGGAUUUCAAUGCCCGAACACAAAAGUACAAGCCAGACACGCCGAUGGCGGUGACGAUUACUGCGUUCAAAGAAAACACGUUCGAGUUCACUGUUAAGUCUCCUUCAGUUACGUGGUACCUUAAAAAAGCGGCAGGGAUCGAGUCCGGUAGCAGCCGGCCGGGGCACGUGGUGGCCUCGACGUUGACGUUUAAACAUAUUUAUGAGAUAGCGAAAGUUAAGCAGUCAGACCCGUAUUGCCAGUACAUGCCAUUGGAGAGUAUUUGUAAGUCCAUUAUUGGGACUGCUAACACUAUGGGUAUUAAAGUUGUUAAGGAAUUGGAUUAAAUCAGAUCAUGGUUUAGGCUUUUUUCUAAACAUAAAUUUUGAAAUGUUUGUACUUGUUUGAUUGGUCGAUAAGAUUUGUGUUUGUUUUCUGAAGCAUUGAUUUAUAUGGGUUGGACUUCCCAUUGCAUAUUUUGUUACUAUAAAUUGAUAUACUGUACAUUGCAUAUUUUAUUAUUCUGUUAGUCAUUUGUGUUAUGGAAAUAAUAUUGUGGUUCCCUUUGA